AUGGAAUUAAGGAGAUGUGGUCACGAACAUUUCAUCCAAGCUAUAAGAGCCGGUGUUGUGAUUAAAGUUCUCAAUAUGAAUCAUCAUCGGAGGCAAGAUUUGUCUUUCAAACUGUUGAAGGACGUAUGUGAGAGUAUAGAUGCCAAAGCACCAACACAACAUACUACAACAAACUAUUGUAAUCGAAAUGCCUAUAUGCCAGUUGAUCGGACACUACGAGAAGUAAAAGCGGAACCGGAUGAGCUUGUUCCUGAUUCCAGUGUUCUGGAAAAUGAUUUGGAUGAUGCGACAACAUUGAGACAGCUUAAAGAUAGAUUCACGAAAAGGAAAAGAAAAUCUAGUCAUACUGAUGAGCACUUUAAGCCGGUAAAUGCAGAAGUGGAUACGACACUGAGGGAAGUAAAAUCUGAAAAAGAUGAAUCUGUUCCCCAUCCUGACCAUGGUUUAGUCAGUGACUUGGAUGAUAGCACCACAUUGAAACAGCUUAAAAAAAGGUUUCAUAGGAAGAAUCGAAAAUCUGGCAUUCCUGAGGAACACUCUACGUUGUCAUAUUCAAAUGAGAGUUCUGUUGGAAAUGGAUCCAAUCUUAGUGAGCCCACUAUUGUUCUGGAAUCAAAGGCCAAAAGUGAAUACAUGACUGGAAGUGUUGCUUCCCCCUCAACCUCUAACAUUAAUACAAAAUCUGAAUUGAAAUUUGUUUCCGAAGGUUCUCAGCUGGUUGGUAGUGACUUAACUCCAAAUAUUCCUGUCAAAGAUGAAGAUGAUGCUAUGGAAAUGGAAAUCCCAAAGGAAACUUCCGUUUCUGGUGAACCAUCCUGUUGCAAUGUUGAGGUUCCAUGUCCAGGUGGUGAAGUAUCAAGUGAUAUCCAGACCAUAAAAGAACAACCUGAAACAAGAGAAUCACUGUCCCCUUCAAACGGAUGCCAAAAUUGUGUAACUAAUAGGAUCUCCUAUGAUCAUGUGGAGGACAUUGAGCCUAUCUCUGUGUUUGCUCCUUCAAAUGACAUAAAUGAUACUUCAGAAAAUGCAGAAUUGCUCUGCCAUGAGGUGCCAUGUCCGGGUGGUGAAGUAUCAAGUGAUAUCCAGACCAUAAAAGUGCAACCUAAAACAAGGGAACCACUGUCCCCUCGAGGUGGAUGCCAAAACUGUGUAACUAAUAAGAUCUCCUAUGAUCACUUGGAGGACAUUGCGCCUAUCUCUAUGUUUGCUCCUUCAGAUGGCACAAAUGAUACUUCGGAAAAUACAGAAUUGCUCUGCCAUGAGGUGCUGGAAGAAAUAUCUGAGCAAAAUAGUAGUUCUUGUGUGUCAAAUAUUGACAUGGGAGGUUUGUCAUGUGAGCAAGAUUAUUCUCCAAGUAGCCUAAACAAGAACUGCAGCCCUUCUCGAAUUUCUGUUAAUUCCUUGAAGGCUGACGAAACAUUAGUUCCAUUGGCUGUACCGGAUGAACAGCACACAGUAAGAUGUACCUUGGACAACAUUACAGAAAGUGGCUUGACCUGCAGAAGUAGCAUGAAUGAUCUACUGAUGGAUGAGAAGCAAGCUUUGGAAUCUCUGAACGCUUAUAAAGAAUGUCAGUCUUUUCCAAAGAACCAAAGCCUGGAUUGUGUGGAUAUGGAUUCAACGAUAGAACCCUGUCGACCUCCGGAAAGGCUUCUUUCUACACGAAAGGCAAUCUCUCCUUCUUCCCAAGAGAGAUUAUGCUCGGCGAUGAAAUCAGAUGAUGACCUUUGCAAUGGUGCUGGUCAAUAUAUUGGUUCUGAACACAAGGGGCAGCUUCAUGAAGUGGAAGCUGCAAAGAAAGAUUCAUCUGCAAGAUCAGAUAUCCACCAUGCUAAAAGAGCUGUUGAUCAUGUAGGGAAUGGGCUGGUCAGACAGAGAAAGAUCUACAUUACUCCCAGACACAUUGUAAAGAGGUCUCUCAAAGCUAAAGUGAACCUUGAGGGUCCUCGUUACUCUCGCGUCCUACCUAACAUUAGUACUGAGUGUACAUCCAUUCAAGGUUGUUCUGAGAGCGCUAUCGCAUUUUCACAGAGGCAGAUGCAAGACAUGGAGUCUCUUACAUUUAAGCUGAUGGAUGAGUUGGAUUCAAUGAAGUCCAUUGUUGAACAAAAGUUGCUUUUUGAAGCAUACAGAAAUGUUUCCUUGAAAAGUGAAGCAGAUGAGGUGAAAUCAGCAAUCAAUAGUGCUUCGAAAAUGGAGGAAACAGCACGGAAGUGGCUGUCUACAAUGGCCCGUGACUGCAGACGUUUUUGUACAAUAAUGAAAAUGACUCCGAACAACAGCCCAGACUUCAAAGAUGCUGCUCCUAGAGAGAGAAGAAAGAUUGUGUUUGCAGACGAAGCUGGGGGGAAGCUAUGUCAUAUCAAGUAUUUUGAAGUUGGUGGGGACAACCUAAAACAGUAA